AUGGCAUAUCGACCCCCUCAAGCUCAACCAGGAGGAGCAGGUCCUUCAUCCGGCCUUACCCCUUCUACCAAUCCUGGUGGAAAUGGUCGUACCAGUCCUAUGCCAAACGUACCAUCCGUUUCGGCUCAGAACCUCGGUCAACCAGGUUCAUCAGGUUCUUUACACCCUUCUCAAUCUUCAUCUUCCUCCUCCUCUAACGCAGUAGGCGGUGGAGAUAAAGGACCAGAUUAUGUAUAUUUUGAACGACGUCCUUCACAAUUUGGUGAAUCGGUACAAGGGAAGGCGAUGGCUGCAAAGAUGAAAUUGGAAUUGUUCUAUAAGGAAGCUGUUGAAGGUGUUGUAGGAAGGAAAGAACGACGAACAGCAUUGGAGAAACAACUAGCAGCGGACGCUUUGACACCUGAUACUUUGAAGGCUAGACAACUCUUAGCUCUCGGAAGAAGGGAGAGCAACUUCCUCCGUCUCCGUCGUACUCGGAUCGGAUUAGAAGAUUUCAGAACCGUCAAAGUCAUAGGUAAAGGUGCUUUCGGUGAAGUCAGAUUGACCCAAAAGGUAGAUACGGGUAAGAUCUACGCUAUGAAGACGCUCAAGAAGAAUGAGAUGUUCAAGAAAGAUCAGCUCGCACAUGUUAGAGCUGAGAGAGACGUAUUGGCAGAAUCAAAUUCCCCAUGGGUAGUACAGCUCUAUUACUCUUUCCAAGAUACUCAAUAUCUCUAUCUGGUUAUGGAGUUUCUACCCGGAGGUGAUCUGAUGACUAUGUUGAUCAAAUACGAUACUUUCUCUGAAGACGUGACUAAAUUUUACAUGGCAGAAUGUAUCUUGGCUAUUGAAGCUGUACACAAUCUCGGGUUCAUUCAUCGAGACAUCAAACCCGACAACAUCUUAAUCGAUUCAAUGGGUCACAUCAAAUUAUCAGAUUUCGGUCUCUCAACGGGAUUCCACAAACAACACGAUUCAGCAUAUUAUCAAAGACUGUUAGGUGGUGAAGGUAACCAGACUACUCGACCUCAAGCGGGUAACGCAUCGAGAAACAGUGUGAUGGUCAAUGCGAUCAACUUGACAAUGACGAGUAAACAGGAUAUAGCUACUUGGAAAGCUAAUAGGAGGAAGUUGGCUUAUUCGACUGUUGGAACGCCCGAUUAUAUCUCACCUGAAAUCUUCCUCCAACAAGGGUAUGGAAAGGAGUGCGAUUGGUGGUCUUUGGGCGCUAUCAUGUUUGAAUGUUUGGUUGGAUACCCUCCGUUCUGUUCUGAGAAUGCCCAUGAUGUAUAUAGGAAAAUUAUUGAUUGGAGAAACCACCUAUUCUUCCCUGAUGAUGUCCAUCUCAGUCGUGAAGCCGAGGAUCUGAUUCGAAGAAUGUUGUGCGAGGCCGACAAGAGGUUGACUGUUGAGCAGUUGAAAGCUCAUCCUUUCUUCUACGGUGUCGACUGGUCAACCAUCAGAGACAUAGAUGCACCUUUUGUUCCUCACCUGAGGUCCAUUACCGAUACUUCUUAUUUCCCCACAGACGAAUUGGACCAAGUUCCGGAAGUCCCAAGUGGUGCGGAUACUGGUUCGGAUGCGAAGAAGGAUCUGGCUUUCUUGGGUUAUACGUUCCGUCGAUACGAAAUGCUCUAA